CACCACAGUCCACAGCAAACUGACAAAAACCAACUGCAGCAACAGAUCCAUUUCCGUGGCCAGUGCUCUCCUGUCUCCUCCAUCCCUCCGCCUCUUCGACAUGGCCGCCAUCUCCGCCCACCUCACCGCCACUCUUCCGUCUCUCCCGGCUCUCCGGCCCUGUCCUCGCCGGCUUCAGCCGAGCACCUUCGCAGCAUCCGUGGCCCCGAACCGAACCCCCGGCGUCGCCCUCCGUGUCUGCAGGAGCUGCAAUCCUUUCGUAAGAAGAUUCCAUGGGUUUCAGAACGCAAUAAGCUUUGGGAAGGAGCACAACAAGCAAGCCCUAUUUGCUUCAGGCAGAGAUUCUCCUAGCUCCGGUGACGAUAGCUCGAGUUCUCCAGAUGGCCCGCCUGUCCUGACUAUUGUGGCAGGUGUCGUUGUGUUCCUUCUUGUACUCUGGGUUAUUGGGUCGAUCGUUACCUGGAUUGUGGGUUUGGUCUUUGGCGCAGCGAAAUCUUAGAAAGUGGGUUGUAGGCUAGUCAUCAGUUGUAUGUACUUUAUCCGUGCUACCGUUGGGUGCUUAAGCCUUGAAUAACUGCAUUUGCUGCUAUUUUCUUACGGAAAGUCACGGAUAAUUGCAAUUGUGUUUUGUGCUGUUGUUACAAUUGAGAUGACUGCUUAGAAAACCUCAUAGUACUUGUUGAACAUUGGAGCCUGUACAGAUGCAAGCGCAUCCUGGCCAAUUCACACUUAUUUUUUCCC